AUGUCCGAGCGACAAUACCAAAUCAACCCGCUGGUCCAAGAGUCGAUGAUUCACAAUGGCAGGAUUCUGUCGAAUUUCCAAAGCAUAACAGCACCUCUGUUCGGCGUAACCGCCGGCGUCCUCGGCCUCGAAUCGUACACCGGAUUUCUUCUCUACUUUGUGCUAUCCAUCAUUGCGACCGUUAUGUUCUACACGAUCCAAAUAGCGCCUUCCUCACUUGCCGCUGGAAAGGCCGCUUUUGAUACUAGCCGAUAUUAUUACGGCUCCGUGAGCUUCUGGACUGGCGGCAUCUUCAAUGGCUUGUCAGGCUUCAUAUUGACAUGGACUCUUUUUUAUGGCUUGGUACAAGCCUAA